UACAUUAGUCUUCCCUGGGUAUAAGCAGUUAUUAGGAAAAGUUUCCUUUGCCCGUGGGCUCCCGUUCCUGUUUUUUCACGUGUUUGGGAGCGUUCUGAUUCCUGUUUUGUCUCCUGAGCACACACGAACACACUGCCUUGUGCAGACGUUUCCCAAGAGAAUGAGCUCGGUGUCACAGCCACAGCUGAAGAGGUUGCUGCAGUCCUGGGCUGGAGCAGCAGCUGCUUUCCUCCAUGGUGUCUCCCAGGUGCCGGGCCCAGGACAGAGGGGCCCAGAGCUGCCAUGACGACAGGCGACUGCUGCCACCUCCCUGGCUCCCUCUGCGACUGUCCGGGAAGUGCUGCCCUCUCCAAGUCGGUGGAGGACUCGGACAUCGGCCGCCCGCAGUACAUCACACAGGUCACCGCCAAGGACGGGCGGCUCCUCUCCACAGUGAUCAAGGCGCUGGGCGCCCAGAGUGAUGGUCCCAUCUGUCGAAUCUGUCAUGAAGGUGGAAAUGGGGAGGGACUGCUUUCCCCAUGUGACUGCACAGGAACACUGGGCACCGUGCACAAGAGCUGCCUGGAAAAAUGGUUAUCCUCCUCCAACACAAGUUACUGUGAGCUCUGCCACACAGAAUUUGUUGUAGAAAGAAGACCAAGACCCUUGACAGAGUGGCUGAAGGACCCUGGGCCCCGCAAUGAGAAGAGGACCCUGUUCUGUGACAUGGUGUGUUUCCUGUUCAUCACUCCACUGGCGGCCAUCUCGGGCUGGCUGUGUCUGCGUGGGGCCCAGGACCACUUGCAAUUCAACAGCCGACUGGAGGCCAUCGGACUCAUAGCACUCACUAUAGCACUUUUCACCAUCUACGUCCUUUGGACACUGGUCUCGUUCCGCUACCACUGCCAGCUGUACUCGGAGUGGCGAAGGACCAACCAGAAAGUCCGCCUGAUGAUCCCAGCCUCGCGGAGCCCUCACCCCAUGCCCCACUCCCUCCUCUCCGCCAAGCUAAUGAAGAAGACCGCGGAUGAGACCACUGUGUGAGCCAUCCCGCAGCCGGCCAAGGUGGAGGGUUGAGCGUCCCCACAGGCCCAGGGAAUGUGGCUGCUGUGGGGGCACUGGAAAACAAUCAUCCCACCCAAAGGGACUCUGUGCUCAGCACAUGCUUUAGACCUUGGCAAAGAGACACAUAAUCAACAUCUGUGUGUGAAAUGGCCCAAAAGAGCCUGAUGGCAGAAAAUGCCUGUCUGCAGGGAUACUUUCCUAUAACGAAAUACCAUAUGUGGAAAACAUCUCCCUCUCUCUCUAUAUAUAUAUCUAUACAUAAUAUUAUUUUUUAAUGGCCAUGCA